UCGAGGAAACUUCAUCAGAGGAUAGUUCCGCUCGAUCUCGAGGGAGACCAAUUAGAGAGAGAAUUCUCUCGGGAAAAGGUGUCAGGGAACAGAGGAGAAGGAUUUAAAGAUCUGUGUAAUUUGUUCGUCGUCUUCGUCGUUUUUUACCAGGGAUUUGCAGAGCGGGAGAGUAGGUUUUUGUUGUAUGUGGAAAUGGAUGAUGUUGCGGGUUUACAAGAGGCAGCUGGAGCCAGAUUUAGCCAGUUCGAGUUGAUCGGACGAGGGUCAUUUGGCGAUGUGUAUAAAGCAAUCUUUCGGAGUAACGACUGGCUAGAACCAUGGGUAUUAGAUUUGGAUGCUGAGGAGUUGCCUCUGAUUAUCAGGUUCGAUAAGGGGCUCAACAAAGAGGUCGCCAUUAAAGUUAUUGAUCUUGAAGAAUCAGAGGACGAGAUUGAAGAUAUCCAGAAGGAAAUUUCUGUUUUGUCACAAUGCCGCUGUCCAUAUAUUACUGAAUAUUAUGGUUCAUACCUUCAUCAGACCAAGUUAUGGAUCAUCAUGGAAUAUAUGGCCGGUGGUUCUGUUGCUGACCUUCUACAAUCAGGUACACCAUUGGAUGAAACAUCAAUCGCUUGUAUUGCACGAGAUCUGCUUCAUGCUGUUGAAUAUCUGCAUAACGAGGGAAAGAUUCACAGAGAUAUCAAAGCUGCUAAUAUAUUGCUGACCGAGAAUGGUGAUGUGAAGGUUGCGGACUUUGGUGUUUCUGCACAAUUGACACGGACAAUAUCAAGGAGGAAGACUUUUGUAGGAACACCAUUUUGGAUGGCACCAGAGGUGAUUCAGAACUCAGAAGGCUAUAAUGAGAAGGCAGAUAUUUGGUCAAUGGGAAUAACAGUGAUUGAGAUGGCAAAGGGAGAACCACCACUAGCUGACCUUCAUCCUAUGAGAGUGCUGUUUAUAAUUCCCCGGGAAAGUCCUCCUCAGUUAGAUGAUCAUUUUUCCCGUCCUAUGAAGGAAUUUGUUACAUUAUGUUUGAAAAAGGUUCCUGCUGAGAGACAAAGCGCCAAAGAAUUGCUCAAACAUAGAUUUAUUAGGAAUGCUAGGAAAAGUCCCAGACUUCUUGAGAGAAUAAGAGAACGGCCAAAAUACCAAAUAAAGGAGGAUGGAGAGACUCCAAAGAAUGGUCCAAAAGCUCUGGCUGAGCAAUCUGAUACUGUUAAAGUGCCUAGAGAUGAGAAAGGCCAAGGAAAUGCUGGAGAUAGUAAUCAGGUAAAAACUGUGAAAAACGCCGGGUGGGACUUUAGUGUUGAUGGAUCUCAGGGCAUUGGAACAGUUCGGGCUCUGAAACCUCCUCAUGCGAGGGAAAGGCGCCAAGAAGUUCCCUCUAACCAGACCUCGCAAAGAACAUCAUGGACUAGUGGUAGCCAAUGGUCAUCUGCUUCUGGUAGUACGGUUCCUGAAGCAUCUGAAGGAGUUCUUAAAAGAAACUCUUAUCAGAAUGACAAUCAGGAUGACUUCCAUGAGGAAGAUGAUUCAUCACUCGGCGGCUCUGGAACUGUUGUCAUAAGAUCUCCUAGAAGUUCUCAGUCAUCUUCUAUUCUUCGUGAUCAGAGCUCGUCUAGCAGCAGGUAUGCAUCUUUUGAUGAUGCUUCUACAAGUGGAACUGUUGUUGUUCGCGGACGACAUGAUGACUUUGGAUCACCCCGGACCCCAAAAUCAAGACUAGGAAUUCAAGAGAGAAGUUCAAGUGCUUCGGAAGACAGUUCAGCAAAUCUUGCAGAGGCAAAGGCAGCGAUUGAAGCGGGUUUCAGAAGGGGAAAUGCCAGAGAAAGAUCUGGAAUUGGUAAGAUUAGCAACGACGGGAAGGCUAAUCGAAGAAGGGAACAAAUGACAGAAGGCUCAGAUUAUUCGAGAAAUUCCCAUGAUCACUUUGAAGCACAGAAACAACUACCAAGAUCACAACUGAGUGAUGAUGAAGAUGACUCAAAACUGGCGUCAUUGUCUGCAUCCUUGUCAAUUGUGCUCAUGCCUUCCCUAAAAGAGGUUCUUGGCGGUGAUUCAAAAGGGACCAUUGGACGUGAAGUUUCGAGAUCCCUUGUGAACAUGGAACGUGAAAAACCUGGUUCUUGUGAAGCUUUUGUUGCCAAGGUGAUUGAACAUUUGGGAAGUUCGAAGGAAGCUUCAAUGAAAGAAUUGCAGGAGAUGGCAGCUCGUGUUUUCGCUAAAUCUACACCCUCUGAUGCAGAGAACAAAAGAAAGCAACCUAACAAAGAGCUCAAUUCCAACGCCAACCUUAGCCCCCUCGCAAGAUUCUUACUCUCCAGAUGGCAAGGUCAAUCUUCUCGUGAUCUUAAUCCAAUUUGAGACAGAACAAAUGCUCCGCGCCCUUUGUGGAUUCGUACUGUCUCCAUUUUUAUGCAUUGAAUUUUGUGGUAUUUAUGUGCAUAUAAAACUUGUUAGAGAAAUUUGUAUUGAUGUGUCCUCAUUUUGCAUUUCUUUUCUUCGUUCUCAAAACAUUUCCCGGGUUUUACAAGUGGGAAGCUUGUUCUUAGUUGUACGGCGGGGUUUGGUGACAAAAUUGUAAUCUUUCUGACGUUUCAUUUAUAUUUAUUUAUUAAUUUUACGUCCA